AUGUCUAGCAACAGGAAUCGAGAUAUCGCACAGCAGUUAACAGGUGAAGACGCAGUAAAGACACCGGCGUGUUCCCUGACCACCCUCCGUGACCUUGGGGUGGGGACGCAGGGCAACGAGGUCCGGAUCCAGAGGGGGUUCCGCUUCCUGCUGGAAGCCCCCAGGAAGACCGAGGGCCAGCCCUUCGACCCCACCUUCCUCCUGGGCUGCGCUCCCUGCGACGUCGUCGCCGACAUCCCCUUCCGCAAGCACUUUGACUACAACGACAGGACAAGCCUGAGGAUGCAGACCUUGUUUGAUGAGAACUUCUACCUGCUCAGCAUCUGGCUGCAGUUUUAUAACAGUUUUUCAAGCUAUCUAAAAUACCUGCCCGGAAGCCAUAGAAAACUGAUGAGAAAUGUGUCUGAAAUAGAAGACUCUGCUUUAGAAAGAGUGAGGGAGCACCAGCAGUCAUUGGAGCCCACCUCCCGAGACUUCAUCGACUGCCUGCUCAUAGAAAUGGAGAAGGAACGCUUUGUCGCAGAGCCGGGGUACACCUUGGAGAGCAUUGCCGUGACUGUGGCUGACCUGUUCUUUGCAGGGACAGUGACCACCAGCACCACUCUGAGAUACGGGCUCCUGAUUCUCAUGAAGUACCCGGAGGUUGAAGCGAAACUUCAUGAAGAAAUUGACAGGGUGAUUGGGCCAAGCCGAAUCGCUGCCAUCAAGGACAGGCUAGAAAUGCCCUACAUGGAUGCUGUGAUGCAUGAGAUUCUGCGGCUCAUCAGCCUCGUGCCCUCCAACGUGCUUCAUGAAGCAACUCAGGACACAGUGUUCAGAGGCUGUGUCAUCCCCAAGGGCAGAGCCAUCAUUCCAACACUGGGCUCCCUCUUGAAUGACAAACAGGAAUUCCCUGAUCCAGAGAAGGUUAAGCCAGAGCAUUUUCUGAAUGAACAAGGGAAGUUCAAGUACAGUGACUAUGUCAAGGCAUUUUCCACAGGAAAGCAGGUGUGUGUUGGAGAAGGCCUGGCUCGCAUGGAGUUGUUUCUGUUCUUCACCACCAUUUUGCAGCACUUUAGCUUGAAGUCUCCCGUUGACCCCAAGGAUAUUGACCUCAGCCCCUGUGAUGGGUUUGCCAGCAUCCCACCCCAUUACAAACUCUGCGUCCUCCCCCGCUCGCAAGUGUGA